AUGUCUCUCGUUUUUUUAAUGAACCAACUCGAUCCUUCUCUUUUUAAUGGCGUAAUUUCCAUUCCAAAACAGGCUGCAAAGCAAAAACAGUUAAUCAAAGAUGAGGAGGUGAAAGUGGAAAUCGUGGAGAAGACGAAGCGAAUCGAAAUCGAGAGACAGGAAGUGGAGCGCAACACCAAGGUCCUCGAAGCUACUGUCCAUGAACCCGCGCUCGCCGAGGCAUUCCGCAUUGUUCAAAUCACCGAGGGUGAAAAAUACAAAAAGAUGAUCUCGGCGAAGGCCUCAGCGGACAGCGUUCGCACCGUGGGCAACGCCAAAGCCGAGGUCGUAAGAGCGAAAGGCGAAGCCGAGGCCGAGGGCGUGCAGGCCAAGGCUGAGGCCUUUGCUAAAUUCACCGACGCAGCGAAACUGCGUCUCGUGUUAGACAGCUUGCCGAGUCUCGCGGCGGAGAUAUGCGCCCCGCUUGCCAAGACCUCCGAGAUAGUCCUUAUUGGUGAGGCUUCGGGCGACGGAAGCGCUGCUGCACAUCCAGCGACCGUAAAUAGUCUUGGUCGCGACUUUAUGCGAAUGUCGGCCACGGUGCCUCCUUCUGUACGAGCUAUAACUGGUGUGGACCUGACUAAGGUGAGUCUUAAUUAA